AUGGCCGAGGCAGCGGCUGAGAAAAACAUGGACACAACCCAACCCAAAUCCCGACCUAAAACAUCAGUGGUGUGGGAAAACUUUACCGAGACUGAAAAGGAAGGCGUUCAGUGCAACAUUUGCAAAGACCGUUUUGCAUGGCUCGGGAGUGCAUCGAUGAUGCGUGAGCACAGGGCUCUCAAGUCUCACGCAUUCAGCGUAUGACACACGCAUUCCCACUCGUUCACACGCUCACACACCACACAUUGUAUUUCUCACGCAUUUAAAUGAACACGGUGAUGUCCACCAAGUUGCACUUCUUCCACUAUGGAACUGGGGGAAAUCAACCGAGUUCCUCUGAGAGUUCAGAAGCUGCGUGCCACGCACAAGCCAAUCAAAUAAAGUAUAGCUACUGAACAGCCAAUCAAAAAGCAGCAUUGCUGUAUCCGGGUAGAUUUUGAUAUCUUGCGGUUUAACUACAGAAGAAGACAGACACUCGCCGAAAUAGUUAGUUAUUUCAUAAAUGCAACUCGCUACAGUUUUUUAUAUACUUUGUAUAAAGGUUAAAAAAAAGAUAUAUGCAAUGUUAUCUUCAUUUUAGAUGUCAAAGAGGUUUUGUGGCUCCCUGUGUUUUCUUUUCUGUGGGAAACUGGUCCAAGUGGCUCUUUGAGUGUUUAAGGUUGCCGACCCCUGAACUAGACGGAGACAGGAGGGCACAGUCAAACUGCGCCCCGCUGUAUUGAAGAGGAACGAACUGCGCAUGUCAAAGUUGUAACGAGAGUCAAUGGGGAAAGAUGUGUGCGCAUAGAUAUACAUAAGAAAGGCUAGAUAACUCGAGGCGGAGUCACCGGCGUCCCUACACGGCGGCCAUCUUAUCUGCGUCUGUAUGAUCAAAAACACUCUUAACUCGCUGAAAUCUUGACAGAUUUACAAAUGGUUUUGUUUAUUACAGACUUUAAUAAUGUGGCUAUGACUCAGGAUGCUUGGACAUAUUGAAACGGCAUAUUUUCUUUUAGAAAAAAAAAGGCUUUAUUGUGCAGCACAGUAGUUUCACAGCUAUUUGUGCGCAAGAGCUGACCUUGAGUCGCUUUGCGUGAGUUGUCAAGGCUGAGACCACAAUUGAGAUUUUAAUUUCUUGUAUGACAGCCUAUAAUUUUAUUUUUAUUUAUUUAGUCUAAGUGUCAUUCUUAAUGGAUGUGCUUGUGUUUAUCAGCUUACAACUUGGCUAACAGACUCACUGUGAGUGAGACCAAGUACAUUUUACAAAGUUGACCCAGUAAUUUUACAUCAGUUAAAGAGGCAAAAAUGCUCUUUUGAUUCAACAUGACUGAAGUUGCACAUGGUUUCCAAAUUGUUUGGUUUGUUAAAAAACAUCUAAAAUGGCAACAUGAGGUAGAAAUUUAUAUUGAAAAUAAAUAUUUAAAUGUGUUAUUGUUAUAUGUUAUUAUAGUUAUCCCUAUCAUAGAAAUAUUACUAAUAUAACAUACAUGGAAUGAUUAAAUGUUUUAUAUAUAAAUGAUUUAAUAUAACUGCCUUGUGCGUGUAGGCCUAUAGCGAUUGCUCUACCUAUCUGCUUAAUGUUUAUUAAUGAAAAUCCAUGGUUAAAAUUAUUCUUGAGAAUGCAGGAACAUAACUAAAACUUUGAGGUUUGUUACAAACCAAACCGUUUGAAAAUCAGUUUAAAAUUAAUCAAUCUAUGGUUAUUUAAAUGCUACAUGCACCGUGGACUGGAACAUUAUGAGUGGGCAAGCGUCCCGCAGCAAGGACGUCCGUCUCUAUUGGCUAACAGCGUGCAUAAGCCAUUUGCCGUUUGUAUUUAUAUCUAUGGCUUAAAUGAUAGAUUUCGCAUGCUAACUGCACUGGAGUGGGAACAAACAAACCUCUGCCCAACACAGAGAAGUAUAACGUGCUGGAACUAUUUUAUGCGGAAUGAUUCGAUGAGAUGUGUGACUAAUGUUGCUCAUUUAGCAUAUAAACUAAAACAACCGUCUUCCCGGUCGGCUAACUAGCAAGAAAGCUGGGUGACACAAUCAUCUGUCUUUGGUUCUCUGCAUUUGGACUUGUUUCACUAAACACUGAGGCCCACCUUUCUUUACUCGUAGAGACGGCUCAGUAACCUACAUCCACAGGCCAACGUCGCACUGCAUUUGAUCGUGUAACCCUGCCACACUCAUUUAAUGACGUCAGGAAACUUCACAAAAAAAGCCUUUACUUUCUGCCAAAAAAUCAAGUCUAAAACAGCAACAACUCAUACAAAAAUAAAAAAUAAAAUACAGGAGCAAAAACUGAAUAAUUCUCAAGACUAAGAAGAAAUACGUUCCCCUCUGAACUCACACAUAUUCUGCCUUUCAACAUAAUACAAACAAAUUUAUUACCAGUUAAUGGUGCUUACAGUGAUUUUUAAUCUAUAACUGCUUGCUGUGAUCCCAAAAGAAAUGCAAACUUUGACCAACUUGACGUGAAAAAAUAUUGUAAAAAAAUACUUUAAGGAGAAAUUAAAGAUUUUUUUGAAAAACAACCAAAAUGAGUCAUAAUUUACAUGUGAAGGGUUUGUCUGAUCCUGCAUUAAUCAUUAAUCACCUUAGACACGUGAGAGAAGAAACAGGACGAAUGCAUGAAAAACAUCCACCACCCCAGUCAUCACCUGUUCUCUCUGCUACCCUCAGGGAGGCGCUAUAGAGCACCGAGAGCCUGCACCUUCUGACUCAAAAACAGUUUCUUUCACAGAGCCAUAACUGAACUUAAUGUCAGGCCAAUAAAUGCAAUAAUGUGACCCUCUAUUCAUUCAUUCAUUUAUUUAUUUAUUAACAGUGCAAUAUGGGACUAUGUGCAAUCACUCCUCAUUUAACAGUGCAAUAUGAGACUACGUGCAAUUACUUCUUAUUUAACAGUGCAGUAUGGGUCCACGUUUGCAGCACUACUACAGUGACAUGAUGGUCAAUGUUGAUCAACAUCUUUAUGUUUUAAAUAUGUCUUUUAACAUGGAUGAAUGCUGUCAAAUGUAUGCAUUGUUGUACUUUUUCUUGUUCUUUUUUAAUUCAGGAUGGCACAACGAAAUUUCGUUGCUUUGUGCAAUGACAAAUAAAGUCUAUUCUAUUCUAUUCUAUUUUAUUCUAAUAUUUAACAUCAUCAUCCAGCAGUGAGGUUUAUUCAUGCUGCGUAAAGACAUCCAAGUACACAAAUAAAAUACCAAAGAAUAACGGCCAUCUGAGUCCUGUUUUCAUCUUCUACAAAGACUGGUUAUUUCUGCCCAUCCUCACUGUAAAUCCCUCUGCUUCGGUCAGCAGUGGGGUUUCUCCUCCUCACUGCCUGUCCCGCUGACAAAGAGACUCUUGAGGAAGAGGAGCUGCAGGUACCCAGAGGUGACGGGUAAGGGGAUGUAGAUCAACAGCUGAUGUACUGUGAAUUGGACCGGAGCAUAUAGUAGUCAGUGCUCUUCCUCAUAUGGCCGAAGGUGUAGAAGCGAAAUAUUUGGAAGACGUGGCUCUCCACUUUGUGACUCGAUUCCUGGAAAACAUAAUGAUUUUAUUAAUUUAUUAUUUUUAUUAUUUUUCACCCUUUUUGAAAGAGCUCUAUUUUUUAUUUUCUGUAUCUUUCAUUUUCAUACACUACAAAAUAUGACCUACCUACCUGUGGCAAUAAACUGUUAACUUCAUGCUACUGUGUUUGAAUAACUAUUACCAGCUCUCCUAAACUAGAGAGAUUGUAGGUGUCGUAGUGUGUUCUUCCGAUCAGGCUAAAGGCGCUACAUUGAUAAAACCGCAAAUAUCCUCAGAGUCCCGUGUGUCAGUUGGAGCGUCUUACUGCAGAAAAACUCUUUUUUUUCAGUUUAACAGAUAAAAUUCGAGGGGAAAAAGCGGGCUCUUUUUUCAUGUUUCUACUUGUAUCAUCACUGACUCCUAAUAAAGAGGAAAAUUAGCCGACAAAUUCUGCUGAAUCUUGACUCCAGAAAUGGCUCAUAGAAAUGAUAUGGAUGCAUCAUUAUUAACUGUCCUGUAUCAGUAUUUAGACUACCCUGAGUCUCAUGAGUUUUCUCUGAGUACAUAUCUCCAAGUGUCAUAAAGGUCAAUAUUUUAGAAGCAUAUUUAUUUGUUUAAAGAUAAACUGUCCUUUUGUGAGUUUGAGGCCCUGCCCCUCUAAAAUCCUCUGCAUGUCUCUGCCUAAGGAUAUGACUGCAACAAGGACUCUCACCAAAGUCAAGUACAUGUUUAAAGUAGUAUUGUUGUCUGAGCCAUUUACACUAUGAUAAUAGGCUGUGAUUAGGACCAUCAUGUGAUCUGUGUGAAAUCUGCACUGACUAGGUGCCUGGUCAGACUGGUCCUGACGUCACUCUGAAGUUAUGAGGAUGUGACGGCGUCCUCAGAUCAAACGCUCACAGACACCAGGACUGACGAAGGACAAACGAGCAGCUUCUUCUCUCCUCACAUGAAGGUGGAAAGUGUCUGUAAGCUGACCUGAACGCUCUUCAACAGGUGAGGAUCCUUCCAGAGAAAUCUGAUCAUGUCUGAGGAUCAGUAUCAGUGUGCUCACAUGGUGCUGGGUCACUGUUGAAGUGUAGAAAUCUUUCUGUAUGCUGAUUGGCUGUUUGAAACAUGUUGUAGAAUUUCUCUCUGAGUUAAAGAGCAGAGAUUUCAGACUGAUUCACCUGCUCUAUAGUUGAUGUUGGUGGAGUCGACUCAGCAGCAGGUCGACAGUAAUCUGAGUCACACCAUCAGGGAAAAAUCCAGGGAGUGUCUGAACUGGUCUGACAGCCUGGAUCGACUUGGUGCUUUUAUUUUGAAACGAUUGAUACUCUGAGGUGAAGGGUUCAGAUUUCAGAUCAGAGACUGACUCAGUUAGCAGGGUCCAAGUCUCAGUGGUCCCAGAAGUUUCAGAUAUUUGUAGAUGGACCAGAGCCAGUCCAGGGUGGAAGUGGACUCAGUGUUUGAUUGAGACCCCUCAGCUGUCAGGGGCCGCUAUAAGACAGAAAAUGAGCCAUCCUAUGUCAGUUUUUGAUAUCUGUCCAACUUUGAAAACUUAAAAUCAAAAGUAAAGAUUUUUUUAAUCAAGCUAAUCAAACAUAUUGAUUUAAAGAGACUUUUUUAUUUGACUCUUACUCAUUUGAACAAUAGUGUUUAUGUGAUAGAUAAUUGUGAUGACCACAGUUUAUUUAUGGGAGAGUCUGGGGGCUGUAACUCAUUCUGGACUCAUCAGAUCCUGUUUGAGGCUCCAAAUAGGUUUCUGUCAGUCCAGAAUAUUUGUGUUCUUGAGAGGAAUGAGAACUGAAGUGUCCUGUGGUGUAAAGCUUGUUGUACUGACUGAGCAUGUUGUUGUGUUUGUGUGAAGGUGGGGGCUCUGCUAUGAAUCAGUGUGAGGAAAGAGAGGAGGGAGCCCCUCCCUCUAAAACCACUCUGUGGGGGGAACAUGAGAGCCAGACCAAAGUUCAGAGGUGAGAUGAGGAUCUCCAACUGUCCAUGACUCUUCUCCAUGUCAGAGUUCAGCACUCACAUCACUCCACCAUCACUAUUAUUCACACUCAGACCUCUGUCUGUCUGUCUGUCUGUCUGUCUGUCUGUCUGUCUGUCUGUCUGUCUGUCUGUCUGUCUGUCUAAGACCUGAACAGCAGUACAGACCAGACUCUCCAGGACCUGGACCCAGCUGUGUGUCCUUAAAGAGUGACCGGUCUAUGUUCAGACUUAUUAAUUUCAAAGAAGGAGAGAUUUGUGAUGACCAAAGGUGAGCCUUUCAAACUGAACUUUCUUUUGUUGUGUGUGAAACUUUUCAUCCUAACUGUGGUCAGUGUUUUCUCUGUGAAGGUGAAGAUUUUUCAGGGUUUGUGUUUCUAUCAGGAUCCAACAGCAGUAAACAGAAUCAGAGCCAGAAAGACCUGAGGCCUGUACUACGAAGCUGGGUUAACACAUCCAGGAUAACUCUGCGACAACUCGCUCAACUUCACCGGAUCUCCGCAAUCCCGAUCAACUGUACUACGAAGCCUGUUAUCAACUCGAUAACUGAAUCCAGUUCAGAUCUGUGCGCGCACACGUAAAGGGGGUGGGGUCAGUGCCACAGGACCAAUCUCCACAAUGGAGAAGGCUGCACGUCAUUUUUCACAGCUGAAGAACAGAGCUUUAUUUAAACAGUGAGACAGACACAGCCGCUAAAAGCCGGAGGGACUGCCGGCAAAAAAAAGAAAAAAAAUCAUUGGUUGUGUAAAUUACAUCUGUGCAUUCAUAAAUUUAUGGCCCCCUAAUAUGGUGUCAUGCAGCGUGUGUGAUCACCUCCAUCACUGACCUCAUUAUUUCAGAUACAACAGCAGUGGGGAAAAGGAUACGUGGGAGCAAAUAAAAAUAAAUCUAAAAACAUCCUUUAAAGUAGUUUGUAAGUUUAUUGGAAGAUUUUAUUUGUACAUAUUUCAACGCGUAAACAGUGAUUUCCUCACACUGCCUUUUUUUUCUUCUUCAUCUGAUGGUCACAUGUCAUCUGCAGACACAUUUGGGGUUAAGAGGAGUUUUCUAAUCUGCUUCAAUAAAUUCUGAAUGAUGACUGAUAUGCCGCAUGAAAUUGGAACCUGGAGCUUGGCAAAUAUUAGUGCAUUGCUUAGACUUCAUGCAACCUGAAUAUUGAGGCCGUCCGAGGAAAACCUGUAACGUUCAUAGAGAACAUCAUCAGGUAAAUCAAACGGAUUUGAACGAUUAUGAAUAAACGCGAAGCGCUCCUCUCACUAUCCGUGCAACGAUGUCCCCGGGAUCCGGCAAAAGUGGGCAAGCCAUUUUCCAAGAGAUCCGAUUGGUCAUCGGGCGGUCUUCUAUACCUGCUGAGAUCUUAUCCUGAAACAUAACCUGCUCCAGAGCAGGUUUGGCAUUCCGCAUAAGUUACCGGGGCAACGGACCCGGAUAAAAAGAGAUCCACCUUCGUAGUACGGAAAACCCAGAAGUUAUCCAGAAGUUACCUCGCUAAGACCAAAUCCAGCUUCGUAGUACAGGCCUCUGGACUUUGCAUGUAUCUUCAUGUGUGUCCUGUGUCUGUAGGAGGAUCCAGCAGUGUUUCUACCAGGAUCCUCUAGAUAGACUCUCUCACAUGUAACCCUGUGUCUCCUUAUAUUAUAUCCACUACAUUAGAUUCUGUUUGUUCCACAGUGUUCAGCAGCAGAGAUCAGAGGUUCCCAUUGGUCAGUCUGCCCAGCAGCAUCAAACACAGCUGGACUCCAUAUUUAUGGUAGGUGAAAAUGUACAAACACAGCUCCUACUGAUCAUCAGAGCAGACACUCAGUAUAUUUGGAGGUUUCUGAAUUGUUUCCUAAUGACUCUGCAAACAUCAUCCCUGCCUGAAUUAUCUUCACACUCACAGUUUGACUGAUUGAAUGAAGCCUCACAUUUAUGACCUGCACAGAGUCAGAGGUCAGAGGUCAUGGUGGAUGGUGGUCUGACACAGACUCAGACUUUGGCAGCAGAGAGCAGAAUUCACAAACUGAGUCCAGUUUGAGGUUUAAAGAACAGAAAGACUUUGGUUCAUGUCGAUGACAGCUGCUGCUCUCAGCUUCAUUCUAAUAAACACAUCACCUCUAAAGUCACUGCAGACUUUUUCUCCAUGAAACCACACCAGGAGAUUUCUCCAAUAUGAAGGUCAGGUCAUAGAAACUGGAUUUGUGGAAGACAGGACCAUCCACAAAGUCAAUCCUGAAGCAGCAUUGUGAUCCAGUCUCCAUACUGGACUCUUCAGACCAGCAGGCUUUCUGUCUGUCAUAGAUGAUCUGAUGUUCAGUUCUACAAGUUCAUGUUCACAUUUUGUUCUGUUCCAGCUGCUCCAGGAGAACAUGAUCAGCUUUGUAAAGGAGCAGCUGAAGGAGAUCCAGAGAGUUCUGACUCCUAAUGAACCAGAAUACUUAGAGAGUCAGAGGAAGGAUGAGGAUGAAGAACAGAGGAGAAGCAGAGAGGCGUUUCUGAAGAUCACUGUGAACUUCCUGAGAAGAAUGAAGCAGGAGGAGCUAGCUGACUGUCUGCAGAGAAGUAAGAGGAUUUGAAGAGAUAUAACAUGAUGGAAAGAGGAAAUGGAGACAACAUGGGAGAGGUUUAGAGUUCAGACUCUGCUGUUCAUAAGAUGCACACAUUUGUAUCACAUCUAUGAACUGAGAGAAACUGAUCACAGCUGAUGAGCUGAAGAGAUUUCAGAGAGGAGGGAAAUCAAAUCCAUCCUGAUGUCUUCAAGAGUAAAUUCAUCAGACUGAUUGUAGCUUCAGAUGAUUCAUCACAUUUCUUUUUGUUCAUUCAGGAUCUGCUGCUGCAGAGUGUCCACACAAACUCAAGUCCAACCUGAAGGAGAAGUUCCAGUGUGUGUUUGAGGGGAUUGCUAAAGCAGGAAACCCAACCCCUCUGAACCAGAUCUACACAGACCUCUACAUCACAGAGGGAGGGACUGGAGAGGUCAACAAUGAACAUGAGGUCAGACAGAUUGAAACAGCAUCCAGGAAAGUACAGCAACCAGAAACAACCAUCAGACAGGAAGACAUCUUUAAAGGCUCACCUGGAAGACAGGAACCAAUCAGAACAGUGAUGACAAAGGGAGUGGCUGGCAUUGGGAAAACCGUCUUAACACAGAAGUGGACUCUGGACUGGGCUGAAGACAAAGCCAACCAGGACAUCCACUUCACAUUUCCAUUCACCUUCAGAGAGCUGAAUUUGCUGAAAGAGAAGAAGUUCAGCUUGGUGGGACUUGUUCAUCACUUCUUCUCUCAAACCAAAGAAGCAGGAAUCUGCAGCUUUCAACACUUCAGGGUCGUGUUCAUCUUUGACGGUCUGGAUGAGUGUCGACUUCCUCUGGACUUCCACAACAAUGAGGUCCUGACUGAUGUUACAAAGUCCAGCUCAGUGGAUGUGCUGCUGACAAACCUCAUCAGGGGGAACCUGCUUCCCUCUGCUCACCUCUGGAUAACCACAAGACCUGCAGCAGCCAAUCAGAUCCCGCUUGAGUGUGUGGACAUGGUGACAGAGGUCAGAGGGUUCACCGACCCUCAGAAGGAGGAGUACUUCAGGAAGAGAUUCAGAGAUGAGGAGCAGGCCAGCAGAAUCAUCUCACACAUCAAGACAUCCAGAAGUCUCCACAUCAUGUGCCACAUCCCGAUCUUCUGCUGGAUCACUGCUACAGUUCUGGAGGAUCUGCUGAGGACCAGAGAGGGAAAAGAGCUGCCCAAGACCCUGACUCAGAUGUACAUCCAAUUCCUGGUGGUUCAGUCCAAACUGAAGAACAUCAAGUAUGAUGGAGGAGCUGAGACUGACCCUCUCUGGAAUGAAAAGAGCAGGAAGAUGAUUAAGUCUCUGGGAAAACUGGCUUUUGAGCAGCUGCAGGAAGGAAACCUGAUCUUCUAUGAAUCAGACCUGACUCAGUGUGGCAUGGAUAUCAGAGCAGCUUCAGUGUACUCAGGAGUGUUCACACAGAUCUUCAGAGAGGAGAGAGGACUGUACCAGGACAAGGUGUUCUGCUUCAUCCAUCUGAGUGUUCAGGAGUUUCUGGCUGCUCUUCAUGUCCACCUGACCUUCACCAACUCUGGAGUCAACCUGAUGAAAGAAGAACAACUAACAACAUCUUCAAUCUCUAAAAUCUUCAGUGUCAAACCAAAACUGAAACAUCUCCAUCAGAGUGCUGUAGACCAGGCCUUACAGAGUCUGAACGGACACCUGGAUUUAUUUCUACGUUUCCUCAUGGGUCUUUCUCUGCAAACCAAUCAGAAACUCCUGAGAGGUCUGCUGACACACACAGGAAGUAGCUCACAGACCAAUCAAGAAACAGUCCAGUACAUCAAGAAGAAGAUCAUUGAGAAUCUGUCUGCAGAGAAAAGCAUCAAUCUGUUCCACUGUCUGAAUGAACUGCAUGAUGAUUCUUUAGUGGAGGAGAUCCAACAGUACCUGAGAUCAGGACGUCUCUCCACAGAGGAACUGUCUACCGGUCAGUGGUCAGCUCUGGUCUUCAUCUUACUGUCAUCAGAAAAAGAUCUGGAUGCGUUUGACCUAAAGAAAUACUCUGCUUCAGAGGAGGGUCUUCUGAGGCUGCUGCCAGUGGUCAAAGCCUCCAACAAAGCUCUGUCGGUGGACACAUGAGAGAUGAAACAUUAUUGUUCAUAAGAGAUGAAAAAUUGUGUCUGUGCUAAUCACUGAUUCUUCUUCAGGCUGAGUGGAUGUAACCUGUCAGAGGAAAGCUGUGAAGCUCUGUCCUCAGUCCUCAGCUCCCAGUCCACCAGUCUGAGAGAGCUGGACCUGAGUCACAAUGACCUGCAGGAUUCAGGAGUGAAGCUGCUGUCUGCUGGUCUGAAGAGUCCUCACUGUAAACUGGAAACUCUCAGGUAAGUGUGAAGUUAAAUAUUUAAAUUAAAUCUGUAUGGGAUUUAAAAAAAAACAGAAUACCCAGAAACUGAUAAAUAUUUUACUUUUAAGGAAGGACAAGCUUGAAUAGUGAAAGUCAGUCCAUUUUUUGUAAGACUGCCAUUUAACACCAUUCAAAGAUGAAAGCACAAAAAAGAAACAAACUCUUUAAUUGAAGAUGAAUUCUGCCUUUUAAAUAACAGUACAACUGUAAUUUAACAUGAAUAAAGAUGGUUUUUUUUUUUCAAUAUUGCCCUAUUUUUUAGGUUUACUGGAUGUAACCUGUCAGAAAGAAGCUGUGAAGCUCUGUCCACUGUCAUCAGCUCCCAGUCCUCCAGUCUGAGAGAGCUGGACCUGAGUCACAAUGACCUGCAGGAUUCAGGAGUGAAGCUGCUGUCUGAUGGACUGAAGAGUCCUCACUGUAAACUGGAAACUCUCAGGUCUGUACAAGGUCAAACAUAAAACUUUACUCUCUGUCAGAUCACAAAACCACAGAAACAAAAGCAUCAAUAAAACAGAGCGCUACUUACUGCACUUAUCUCAUGAUCCAGUAAUAAAUUUGGUCAAGACAAGAGAGUACACUUAUUCAAUCGGAUCUGGUUUGAAUGAUUUUAUUUAGACUGAUGAAAAAGAAACUGAAAAAAGCAAUUAACGAUAUUAUAGAAGAAAAAAAACAUCCAAGGUUUUUGAUUAUCAGUGAAACAAAAGAGCUUAUUUGUUCAAAUAUCUUCAUGUCUGUUCAGGUUGAGUGGAUGUAACCUGUCAGAAGAAAGCUGUGAAGCUCUGUCCUCAGUCCUCAGCUCCCAGUCCACCAGUCUGAGAGAGUUGGACCUGAGUAACAAUGACCUGCAGGAUUCAGGAGUGAAGCUGCUGUCUGCUGGUCUGAAGAGUCCUCACUGUAAACUGAAAACUCUCAGGUUUGUGUGAAGUUUAAUAUUGAAAUUUAAUCUUUAAGAGAUGAAAAAAAAAGAAAAGAAAAGAAAACUACACGAGAUAUAAAUUGAACAACCGAUAAUCAUUUCAGUUUUAGGAAGGACAAAACUGAGCAGUUAAAGUCAGUCAUUUAUUACUUACUGCUCUUUUAUUAUGAGUGGAGUCAAGUGAAGAGACAUUAUUAAUUCAGUCAGAUCUUGUUAAGAUGAUUAACUGAAAGUAAUGAGAGAUUGUUGUUAAAGAUUAUGAUAUGUUCAAAGAAGAACAUCUACUACCUUUAAUCAUCAAUGAAACAAAGACCUAGUUUUAUUCAAAUAUCUCCAGGUGGACUGGAUGUAACCUGUCAGAAAGAAGCUGUGAAGCUCUGUCCACAGUCAUCAGCUCCCAGUCCUCCAGUCUGAGAGAGCUGGACCUGAGUCACAAUGACCUGCAGGAUUCAGGAGUGAAGCUGCUGUCUGCUGGACUGAAGAGUCCUCACUGUAAACUGGAAACUCUCAGGUCAGGUUUUCUGCUAAUUGAGUUUUGUAGUUGUUUGAAUGAAAUUGUCUAAAGUUGGUACUUUUCCUUGUCUCAUAUCUUUUUUCUGACUCCAGGUUAUCAGGCUGUCUGAUCACAGAAGAAGGUUGUGCUUCUCUUGCCUCAGCUCUGAGCUCCAACCCCUCACACCUGAGAGAGCUGGACCUGAGCUACAAUCAUCCAGGAGACUCAGGAGUAAAACUGCUUUCUGCUGGUCGGGAGGAUCCUCUAUGGAGACUGGAUACACUGAGGUAUAACCAGACAGUUACUGGGUCACACACAACUACAGAUAUAUUUGGUUUCUGCUGCCUCAGAGCUACAGAGAAACACCUCCUUCAUACAUCCACCCUCAGUCAGAAACAUAGACUCAAAGUACUGGCUGUACAGCCGUCCUAAAAGAAGAAAUGAAGGUCUUUUCCAAAGGGCCCAAAUCAAGUCUCCAUGUUGUAGGACAAACCAACAGCCAGCCUUUGCUCUUUGAAUCUUGUUGUUGUUGUUUUUCUGUGAGUUUCUGUCAGAAAGACUCAGAAAAAGUGACAGAGUGAUGGAGACUGUUGGCUCAGAUGAGUUUCAGCUUGUUUCUCUGUCACAGGGACAAACUGAGGAACUCUGCUUCAUGUUGGACAGCAAGUAGGACUCAUGUUGGACACUCAAUCAUUCUGACUGUGUUUCUUCCUUCAGGGUGGACCAUGGUGGAGAGCAGAGGUUAAAACCUGGUGUGAAGAAGUGUAAGUGUUGAAUCAGUUUGACUACUGAUGACCAAACAGCAGACUGUCAGCUAACAAAGAAGAAAGCCUUCAGGUGUGUCUGAUGAUAACCUGCUGCUGUGUUGUGUCUUUUUCUCUCUGUCAGAUUUCUGUGA